GUCUGGGCUGCUGUUUAUUUCCGUUUCCUUGUCUGCUCCCAAGAUCAGCUCAGGCGUUUUCAGACGAAACGAAGCCCUUCAAAAUGCCGGAAAAGAAAUCGGAAACUGGAAGCAAAAACCCUAAAAAGGCCAAUCUCCUGGAUCACCACUCCAUCAAGCACAUCCUUGAUGAGUCUGUUUCUGAGAUUGUAACCAGUCGUGGAUAUGUGGAAGAUGUGAGGAUUAGCAACCUGAAAUUGUUCAUCGGGACAAUUAUUAUUGUUAUUGCUCUCUUCGCUCAGUUUUACAAGAAGAAGUUCCCCGAGAACCGCGAUUUCCUGAUCGCCUGUAUCGUAUUAUAUCCUUUCAUUUUCUCAAUAUUUGAUUUUUUGUUUUUUCCCUUUUAUCUGUUAGAUAAGAUUCUGUUUGGUGGCCAAGAAACUGGAGGAAUGGGAAUGAAAAUGAUUAGUCCCUGAAAACAUAAGAGAAUAGAAACAAAUUGGGAGCCUGUUUGGUUAGAUUUAGACUAGAAUAUCACCAAUUUGUAAGCCUUCCAAAGAGACCAUUGAAAAAGUUGAUAACAGAGGUAAUAGACCAACUUAUUCGAGAUUCCUUUUGGAUAUAGAGAUACUACUACUGACAGUUUAGCUUAAUUAUGUAGCCUAAUGUAAUGUUGUUGAGAUUCCUGGGUUCUCAGUCCUGUCCAGUGUUUGAGUAUCUAAUUUAUUUUAGUAGGUGCAAAUUUCCAAAACUCAUAGAAUGAAUGCACAGAAAACUGAUAAUGCUUAGAACCCAAGGGAAUUAGCUAUAUUUUGAACUGACAUGACAGAGCUGUUGGUAUGGUAUAAAAACAUAUGAUAUCCAUUUCUAAUUUUUUCUGUUCCAGACUUUCUUGGUAACCCAACUGGAAGGAUAUUUUCAGUGUCAUUUGGUCUUAAGUGUGUUAGUUUUAUCAAUGUUUGAUCCUUGACUCUGGCAAGUAUGUAGUUUUCAAUGGAAUAAUGCAGCUGAUCAUCUACAAAAAAGAAAAGAAUGCGAUUUUAUUUACUUAUCCUCCAGUGGGUUCCUUCACCAGCACUGGUUUGGUUGUCACUUCAAAAUUGCCAAGAUUCUCUGAUCUCUAUACUCUUAUCAUAGCAAGUGCAGAUCCAAAAUCGAUAUCUGCUGGGAAGCCAGUAGAGCUUACCAAAAGUGUUACUCAGUGGUUCACGAAGGAUGGAUUAUUGGUGGAAGGCCUAUUCUGGAAAGAUGUUGAAGCUCUAAUAGAUGAUUAUGUUGGGGAACCAAAGAAGAAGAAGUGACAUAGAAAUUGUGGUUUACCAUGUUAGGUUACUGGUUUGCAUAGUGAGCUACAUUAGUGUUGUCACUUGACAUAGUGUUUAUCACAAACUCACAAUUAUUGUUAUUGCUCUGAAAAUUUUGAACCAAAAGAAAUAACUUUGCAUAACUUUUAGAAGACAGUUCAUUCAUAUGUUAAGUUAAAGUCUUUUAGCUUAAUGCCAGUGCUAUAGGAGGUUGUUGCAU